CCCAAGGGGCCGCCGUCGCUCACCGACCAGCAGAUCAAGGCCUUCGCCAGCAGGGACAGUGCUGCGUACGAAGCGGUUGCGCCAACCCUCUCGCAGUCCUCCAGGGAUUGCACACAGAGGCAGCGCGGCCUGCUGUCGGGUGACCCGGCGGUCGUCUCUCCAUUCUCGCAGCGUGAGCAUGAUCUUCUCCAAAACAAAGUGGGUAAGGCGCAAAAGAAGUAUGACAAGGCCGCCGCCUCCGUGCAGAGCGCCGCUCAGUGGGCAGCGCAAUGUGGCAUGGAGCUUGGCAGUCUCAGACCCCAGCAGACAGAGGCCGCAGCGCGUGCAGCAGCGGCAUUGGCCCAGCUGGGCACGCAGCUAUCGCCCGACUCCAGCAUCCUCAACCCCUGCGGCACCCUCCUCCAGCGCUCCAAAGCCCUUGGAGCUACGGAGCUCGAGGCCAAUCUUGCGAGCAUGGCCAGUGAGCUGCAGGCGCUGCAGGAGGAGCUCGAGUCCAAGGGCCGAGGUUCGGCCAGGCUGGCUGAGGCGCAGGCAGGCGGCGGCGCGACGCAGUCCGCGACAGACGCCGCCAGCCAGCCAGCCUCGGCCGCCUUGGCCGCGCCAGCUGCGCAGGCCACCCCUCCUGGACAUGUUCGGGAGCCUUCGCCGCCUGCUGAUGUCGGCGUUGCUGAGCGUACUGCUCGUGACUGGGCUGCCAGGAAUGAAGUGAAGCUGCUGGAGUCGGUGCGCAACGCCGACGGCACCGAUCAUGACAUGGACCUCGGCGAAGGCAUCGACCUUUAA